GAACACGGAACGAAUGCGUGAAGCAUGCAAGGCAGUCAUGCCUAGUGACCGAGCCCGGUUCAGCUCGCGCCGUACUCUCGAGAGCCUCACGAGCCGGUUCGCCAAGUGCCUCUGCUCCGUCCUCCUCUCUCUCCUCCUCGUCGCCGGCGUCAUCCUCUUCGUUCUCUGGCUCAGCCUGCGGCCGCACCGUCCCCGGUUUCACCUCGCCGACUUCGCGGCCCCCGGCAUCGGUGACCCGGCCAGCUUAGCUGACUCCGCCUUCUCGUUCAACGUCACGGACCGGAACCCGAACCAGAAGAUCGGGGUGUACUAUGACGCCAUGGACGGUUCGGUCUACUACCGAGGACGGCUAGUGGCGUCCGGGCCGGUGAUGUUCCCGUUCUACCAGCCGUCGAAGAACACGACGGCGAUCGCGGGGCAGGUGGCCGGUGUGAGGAUGCCGAAGGGGAGCGCGGUGGCGGCUCAAUUGGCGGCGGAUGCGGCGGCGGGGCGGGUGGAGCUACGGUUGGAGCUGAGCUCGAUCGUGCGUUUCAAGGUGAGGGUGUGGGACACGCGGCAGCAUCAUUUGCACGUGGAGUGCCGUGUGGUGGUGGGGUCAGACGGAAGGAUUUUGCCCGAGUCGAGGGGCAUUAGGUGCUCCAUUUAUUUCUGA